AUGUCAGAAGAUUCCUCAUGGCAUGAAGCCCCUACACAAGGACAACCUGUUCAACCUCAAAGUCGUAAAGUAGUUGUUGUGCUUGAAAACGCCUCUUUGGAAGCCGCCCGCUUACACCAAUACCGUCCAGAAAGUAAAAUGCAGUUAUUAAAUUGUGAUGAACAUCAAUCUAUUUUAAAAAGACUGGGUAGAGAUAUUGCCGAUGCCAGACCAGAUAUUGUUCACCAGGUAUAUAUUCACACUGCUAAAGGUGUAGUGAUUCGUAUCAAUCCUGCAUGCCGUAUACCAAGAACGAUCAAGCGUUUUUCAGGAUUAAUGGUUCAAUUAUUAGAAAGAGGUAGUAUUUCGGGUGAUAUUGAAGGCAAUACAAAGCUUUUAGAAAUCGUGCCACCUCCUGUCUCUCAGUAUUUACCCAAAGAUGCUAAAAAGAUUGCUCUUUCGUGGAAUGCACCUCAAGUCCGUUUAUACAAAUAUUUCAAGGAUGUUCCUGAGGGGAAACCCGUGGUGGUAUCUGUUGGUGCUAUGGCCAAAGGACCUGAUACUUUUGCGGAUGAAUAUGUAGACGAAAAAAUAGGUAUUUCAAGUUUCGCGUUAUCAGCUUCUGUUGCAUGUGGUAAAGUAUGUUGUGCUUUUGAGGAUCUUUGGGACAUUAUGUAGAUUUCAAAUCUGGUUUUUUCUUUUGCACUUUUCUCUGUCACACUUAUAUUGUAUAUUCCUUCCCUUUUUUUUUUUUUUUUUUUUAUUUGCGGUAUUAAAUUAUUGGUGAUCUGUCAUGAACGAAACAUAUCCCAAGACUUGGAUUACGCAACGCCCUAUUUUUUUCUUUGAAAAAAAAACAGUCAUUUGCUUUAAUUUACAAGUAUUUUUAUUAACUGGAAUCCCAAGAGAGUUCAUCUGUUGUAAACAACUGGCCGUUGCUAUAGCAGCAUGACCAGACAUGAAAAAAAAAAAAGAAAAAGGGGAUGGAGUUUUUAUCAUUUCUUAUACUCAUGAUGGACACUUUAUUUCUGCUAGGUUCAGCAUCAUGCUAUAUGACAUUGUUUUGCUCAUAUAUUCUACAGCAUAAAAUUCUAGAGGCGUUUUUCUAUUCCUCUCGAUUGGUAUGAUGUA